AUGGUUGACGAUAAACUGCAGAAAGCACGCCGAGCACGCGUUCGAUCAUAUUUCCGGGGAUUACUUAGAGCUUUGUUACCACUGCGGUAUCUUCUUGUGAUCGUACUAACUAUUGCUUUUGUUCUACUUUUGCAAAAACGGCAUGCCUACCGACCCGAAAUUUACAGUAAACAAACCAACAUGCCACGAUCUGCGUCGAAAAUUGACUACCAUAACUACGAACAAAUGCAGAACGAUCUGGAACGCGUAGGAGCGGGAGAACAGGGAAAACCGGCGACCUUAAGUCCAGAAGAAAGUGAAAGUGAGCUUAGGAAAACCCUAUACUUUCAGAACGGAUUCAACGCACUGCUUAGUGAUAAAAUUAGCAUCAAUCGUUCGGUUGCAGAUUUGCGGCAUCCGGGCUGCAAAUUGAACACAUACAACAACUAUCUUCCGAUAGCAAGUGUUGUUGUACCCUUUUAUGAAGAGCACUGGAGCACACUAUUGCGGACAAUAUAUAGUGCCCUAAAUCGAUCGCCACCACAUCUGUUAAAAGAAAUUAUCAUUGUAGAUGAUGGCAGCACAAAAUCCUUCCUUCACGAAAAAUUACAAGAUUUUGUUCUGCGCAACUUGCCGAAAGUUAAGCUGAUACGACAACCGGAGCGUACCGGGCUUAUCAAGGCAAGAUUGGCGGGGGCGAAGGUUGCCACAGGAGAAGUCAUCGUUUUUCUCGACUCCCACACAGAAGCCGGAUACAAUUGGUUACCCCCGCUUCUGGAGCCGAUUGCAGAAAACCACAGAACAUGUGUCUGCCCACUGAUCGAUGUCAUCGAUGACCAAACGUUCGGUAUACACGCGCAAGACGAAGGAGGCAGGGGACUUUUCGAUUGGACCUUUCAUUACAAGCGUCUCUCAAUCAAGGAAACCGAUAGAACAUCACCGACUGCACCAUUUCCCAGUCCUAUCAUGGCCGGAGGAUUAUUUGCUAUUGGUGCCAAGUUUUUCUGGGAGCUCGGUGGUUACGAUGAAGAGCUGGACAUAUGGGGUGCGGAACAGUACGAACUCAGUUUCAAGAUUUGGCAGUGUGGUGGGCGCAUGGUAGAUGCACCUUGCUCUCGUUUUAGCCACAUAUACCGAUCCUACAGUCCCUUUCCCAAUUCGCGUAACUACGAUUUUAUCACCCGGAAUCAUAAGCGCGUUGCUGAAGUGUGGAUGGACGAAUAUAAGCAGUACAUAUACGAUCGUGAUCCGGAUCGCUACACUAAAGUCGAUGCAGGAGAUCUUUCUAAAAUGAAGGCAAUUCGACAGAAGCUGAAUUGUAAGCCGUUCAAAUGGUUCCUGGAAAAUGUAGCACCAGAAAUACUGGAACUAUACCCCCCCAUAGAACCUGAGCCAUACGCGUUUGGUUCCAUUCAAAGCGUUGCUGAUCCAACCCUAUGCAUCGAUACUAUGCAACGGGGUCGUGGAAAGCCAUUAGGGCUGCAUCCAUGUUCCGCGCAAGUUGCUGAACCAAACCCGACCAACCGCAACCAAUACUUUGUCCAUAGUUGGCAUCGUGAUAUACAGCAUAAGUAUGGCGAAGAAUGUUUCGAUAUACCGGAAAGUGCACCACGCUCUCCUGUAACGAUUUUCACGUGCCAUUUUCAUCAGGGAAACCAAUUUCUCCAAUAUGACUAUAAAACGCAGCAAAUUAAGCGAUUCAACCUUUGUAUCGAUAGUGAUACAAACUCAAAGGAUGUGUUUGUAAACCCGUGUGAUUCUUCCAGCGCUACACAAAGAUGGAAAUUCGGAUCAGUUAAUCUGAAGUUGAUGAAACAGUGGAAUACAUACGGUGCAAAGUUUUUGUGA